UCUCUCCAACAUUCCGUACUCGACGCGAGGGCGAUCCGCACGCCCUCCUUGUAACGACCGCGACCGACGCGCCGCGCGCCCGCGGCUAGAACAAGCGCCAUGUUCGACGUAUUCGGCUCCGUCAAGGGGCUUCUCAAACUCGACUCCGUGUGCAUCGACAACAAUGUAUUUCGGUUACAUUACAAAGCCACCGUGAUCAUCUUGAUCGCGUUCUCGCUGCUGGUUACAUCGAGACAAUACAUCGGCGACCCGAUCGACUGCAUCGUUGAUGAAAUACCGCUGCAAGUUAUGGACACAUAUUGCUGGAUAUACUCGACUUUCACCAUCCCGAACCGCCUGGUGGGCCGCGUCGGGAAAGAUGUAGUGCAAGCCGGCGUAGGACCUCAUGUCGAGGGCCAAGAUGAAGUAAAAUAUCAUAAAUACUACCAGUGGGUUUGUUUCGUGUUAUUCUUCCAAGCGAUACUGUUCUACGUGCCUCGCUACCUAUGGAAGUCGUGGGAAGGAGGCCGCAUCAAGAUGUUAGUGCUCGAUCUCAAUUGUCCAGUAGUCGGAGAAGAGAGUAAGGCGGACCGCAAGAAGCUGUUAGUGGAUUAUUUCCAUACAAAUUUGCACACACAAAACUUUUACGCGUUUCGCUUCUUUAUAUGCGAAGUGUUAAACUUUAUUAACGUGGUUGGACAAAUAUUCUUCAUGGACUUUUUCCUAGAUGGGGAAUUCUCCACGUACGGAGCUGAUGUUGUACGUUUUACGGAAAUGGAGCCAGAAGAGCGCGAGGACCCAAUGGCUAGAGUGUUUCCAAAAGUGACCAAAUGUACCUUCCACAAAUACGGUCCAUCGGGCACCGUGCAAAACUUCGACGGCUUGUGCGUGUUGCCACUUAACAUCGUGAAUGAGAAGAUAUACGUGUUCCUGUGGUUCUGGUUCGUGAUACUGUCCAUCCUAAGCGGCAUUUCGUUGAUCUACCGCAUGGUGGUUGUUGCCGGACCCCGUGUGCGACUGUACCUACUGCGCGCCCGUAGCCGUCUAGCUCCUCAGAGCGAGGUGGAAUCGGUGGCUCGCAAACUGCAAAUCGGUGACUGGUUCGUGCUCUAUCAACUCGGAAAAAACAUUGACCCUUUGAUCUACAAAGAGUUAAUGGGUGACUUGUCUCAAAAGUUCGAAGGAAAGGACGCUGUGUAGUCAUGUUAGUGUUAAUGGAGGUACGGACGGUUAGUGAGAAGCGGAUGUGCUUCUAAUUGAUAAAAACUGAUAUAAAGUGGGUAGCGGAGAGACUUGGGGCCGUCCAGUAGUGAGUGUUACAAUCGAAGGCCCGGUGCGCGUCGCGGGCGGUGCAGUGCGGCAACGUGGGGCUCGCGCUACCUGCGCCCGCGCGGGGCGGAGCGGGGCGGCCGCACCACGAGCGGCGGCUGCAAGCCGACAUUCCAUUACCUAAGCCCGUCGCGGGGAACGACCUCGCCGGGCCGCAGUCAUUGUAUUCCAGAACCGCUUUAACAUUUAUAGCUACUGUAACUAUGAUAGUCUUCUAAUUAUUCUUCCAAACGCAACACAUCGACUGAUACUUGCCACUUUUGGCGCGCAUGCAUUUAGCAUAGCAUAUUUGGCGCAAGUUUAUUGCGUAGUCGUAAAUGUAGUAAGAUCUCGUGCCUUCGUUUUAUAUUUUGUAUUAUUUGUGUGCGAAUGAGUUAUGUUGAAAGACGUCUCUCGAUUGUGAUAUGUAAUUAUUAUUAAAUAAUCUAAAUUAAGUGUGUUUAUCGUGUACGAGAUUGACCGUGUGGACGACUGGUGUAUUUCUAAGUUGUUAGUUUGUUAGCGAAUGUUAUACUCGAUACGAUAUUGUAUAAAGCAAUAAAGUAUUAUUGUAAGUGAGCAAUCUAAAUCAUUAAAGACAAUACAUUGUAAUGUUACGAAUUAUGAUGAAUUUUUAUACCGACUUUAUUCGAUUGGUUAAAUAUUUUCUGAAUAUAUUUACUGCCAUCUA